GUCUCCGUAACGGGCAGUCCCCAUUCACCUUCGGACCAUGCAGCAGCCCGAGAGAGAGCCCCUUGUCCACGACCAUGAAUCUGCUGCUCCCAAGCCGCAAGACGAGCAGCAGCCCCAUCAAGACAAAGAAGAGAGCGAAGUGCAGCAGCUGAGAGACCGUUUGGCAGCGCAGGAGCUAUUGGCACAGCAGCUACUAAAGCGCGAGCAAGAGCGUGAAACGGAGCGUGAGUUCAUGAAGAGGAGCGUGCUGUCCUUACAGCAGGACCUCCUUCGUCUCAUGAACAUCGUGGACCUGCAGAUGCAGAUCCCGUCCAUGCAUAUGCAAAUGCAGCUCUCGCCUAUGGCUACAGGCGUCGAAAUGGCGUUUCGAGGACUCUCGCCGCGGUUCUCAGCCAGAGGCUGCAUGGGUCCAAGCCCAACAGGAUACAGAGUAGCCAAAAAGCGACAGGCGGAGAGUGACGAAGCUCAAAAAGUAGUGGCUCUGGUCUCGCCUACACACAAUGCAGCCAUGUUAAUGGACUUGUCACCGCAAAGUAAGCGUGUCAAGACGUCAUCGACGCCAAAUAAUAAGCUGAGUAAACGUCAGUGGAGCCCUGAGGAAGAUGAAGCAUUGGAACUCGCCAUUCAAACAACGGGCCCAAACGAUUGGUCGGCUGUCGCUCGGCUGCUGCCUGGACGUUGUGGGAAACAAUGUCGGGAGCGAUGGGUGAACCACUUGAGUCCGGCAGUGAAGAAGGAGGCGUGGACAGAGGAGGAAGACGAACUCAUCUUCACCACACGCGACCGCAUUGGCAAUCGCUGGGCGGAAAUCGCUCGUUUGCUGCCUGGACGGACGGACAACGCGAUCAAGAACCGUUACUACUCCACCAUGAGACGUCGCGGACGUCAGCUACGCAGCAACAAGAGCAGGUCCCCGGAUUCAAUGUCCGAGACCGAUGACAAAUCCGGCGUCUUGUCAGGAUCCCCAGUGUCCUCAGAGACGAGCGCUCCUGAGCUCCCCAUGGGAGACAUCUAAGCGACGAAAGAUGAUGUGUAUUUUUCACAUGUAUAAAAAAAAUUAAAGAUACUUGCUUCUUCAAGGCAAGAAACUUUCUUGCA